GGAGCCGUGUUAGUGCGCCUCGAACGCUUUCUACGGAACGGAGCUUCUCCUCUGCCGUGUGCAAUCUCCUCCACGUGCGUGACGCUGCGCGUCGUCACUCUCUUCCGCGAGUCUCUCUCUCUCUGUCUUUCUCUGUUUCUCUCUCUCUCUCUCUCUCUGUCUCACUCUUUUUUUCGAGCCGUCAGCGCCAUUUUGGCGCACCGGAGAACGUGUGACCUCUCACCGCGAGCGGAAUGCAAACCGUCGCGCGGAUCGGAACCUGCGGCCGCUGCACCUGUCUCGUGGAAGUCCGUCGAGUCGGCGAAGCGCCAUCCGCUGGGAUUAUCCUGAGUCUUUGCCGUGCUUCCACGGUCUUCGCCGGAAGCGAGUCGACCUGGGGGAGGAUGCGACGAGGGUGGUGGUUUCGCGAGGGGCAGCUGUGAGGAAAGUGCGAGACGCGACCGUGUCGGUCGGUCUGGACGGCGGAUUAGUUUGGAGGGUUAAUUCGUGAUCCUCGGAGUUCAUUACGGAGUUGGCUCGUUUGAUAAACUUGUUAGCGCGUCUGCUCUUAGAGCCUUCGAGUUCCAGCGCCGACGCCUCGGCUUGGCUUUAACGUUCCUCGUAGUGCUCGUCAGUUCGGGCCAAAUUUUACCAGCGCGAAUUUUGCCUCUCCCGUAAAUCCAAUCAUCGAAUUUCAAAAAAAUCGAGCGUCUUUUGAGCCGAUCUGACAGCGAGAACUCUCGUUAAAUCGUAGAAUCUCCAGUCCUCGUGGACUUGCGGAUCUUCCCGCCUUUGGACUCGCGCGUCGCAAGAUCACGCCUUCUCGAUCUUCGAUCCUCUGAAAUCCCUGUAAAUUCUCGCGUAAAUCCUCGUGGUUAACAGCGGCUUUCUGAAAAUUACUGCAAAGCCACGUCGUAAUCUCGUCUUAUCGAGUACUUAUUGAACUCGAGCAUCUACCAGCUCGAAAGAGUGGGGGGAAUUGAAGAAUGAUAGACUAAUCGAUUGAACAAACGAACAAACGAUUCGGCUUCCCAAAGAAACUCCCACAACGUCGCGACACUUACGAAGGAGCAGUAAUAGUCAUCAUCGUCGUCAUCGUCGCACAGUGCGAUUUUCGCCGUUCACGAUUUUCAGUGGACCAUGUUGGAAUUCUCCGUGCAGCAUGCCGAAGUCGCACUUUCCACAGCCACCGAUGUGGGAGAUGGGCAUCAAGGGCACGAAAACGACACCGAUCCACCCACUGACAGUGUUUACAUGAUAUGUGGGGUGCUGAUCGCUAUGGUCCUGGUGGGCGUCAUCAUCGUCCUGCUGGCUGUAACGAUCAGCAAGCUGCGGAAGCGCGAGGAUCACCACUCAAGCGCGGGCACGGUGCACCCCGAGGCGACGGUAGUGCAGACGGCGACGUCGCCGCCGGCGACGAUCGGCGGGGCCCACUCCGACGGUUGCUGCACGCAGAUCUCCACGACCACCACCGUGUCGACCGAGUUCGGCAACAACACCUGCGACGAGCACCACGUCUACGCCAUGGCGACGACGGUGACGCCGUCCCCUAAUCCGGUCGAGCCGUUUGCGUGGCAGUUUCCGCCCCCGUACCCGCCACCCCACAUGCCGCCGGCGCAGUACGCGUUGUACAACGACCAGGACAACCUUGUACACGGUUUACCGCCGGACCGGUCUGGAUUCGCGAAGGGUUUCCGCAAGAACAUCGGCGGGCGCUGGCGUCGGCUGGUGAAGCGGAAACCGGAGACGGAGACCUGCGCCAUUCCCCCCGAGCUGAAGGACCAGCUGAAGACCAUCUACGUGUACUGACGGCCGCGGACCUUAUCUGAGUGCACCCAGACCGGACAAGAGGAAUGUAGAUAGACAGUGAGAAUGGUUCGGUAUUGGAGUACGAGGAGGGCUCGAGAAAACAAUGAUCAACGAUAAAUGGUCGAUAAAGAUUCGAGGAGGAUCCGUAGAAAUAUGCAGGGUAAAAGAGAAGAGGGAGAUUGCGGGGAAGUGGCGCGACUGGCCCGGCAACAUAUCAGGAAGUGCCUGAAGAGGAUACUGCAACAAAAGUGCCUUCUUUUAUUCCACGAGAGCGCCUUUCUUUUAUGAGACUGAUAACGCGUGAGAAAUCGCGAACAUAUAUGGGUGCGACAAAGCGAGUUACCUCGUAGCUUUUGCGUGCGCGUAGUUUCUGCGCGAGAUUAGUAUAGGCGACAGAUCCGCCGUACUUCGGCUAACCGAUCAUUAGUAUUAGCGCGAUCAGCUAGACUACGUUAUGUGCGAGAAGCGGGCGUUCGGAUGAUUAUUGUUCGAAUUUCCGACUGUUUCCCACAGAAAGAAAAGAAAAAGAAAGCUACUUUCCUUAAGUUUCAAGGCUUUUGUGAAAUUCGAUGAUAUAAGUGAUUUUUUGGAAGUCUCCGAAUUUUAAAGAUCAGAGAUUUCUUUCUCAAAUCAUUAAUCUUCAGACUUCCCUUAACUUUUCGCUACGGUAAGAUCCGACUGAAAAACGAGCAACAGUAUAUAUGGCAUAAAUGAUUAUAUUUUGUUGGCUGUGAGCUGCAGUCGCUCUCCAGAAAUCGUUUCGAGUCGGAUAACUACAGUUGCCGUUAGUCAUGAAAAGAUUAAGAAGUUCUUAAUUGGAUCUUUAUAUAGUCUUAUCAUCCAUCAAUCUUCCAUUACCUAGAACGAUUAUAAAGAAAAAAAUUUUGAUACAAACUUAAUAAGCAUCGCCGAUUAUUCUAAAGAAUUCUCACUUUAGAAACCGGAUGUAGGAAAAUGGAAGAUGCAUAAGAGAAAAGAUAGCUUUCGAUUUUCAUUUUCUUCUUUUUUUUUUGUUUUUAAUUCCGAUCGCGGAUCUUGCAGGGUGAGCUAGAAGUCGUUGUCUCUGCGGGAAAACCAACUGAAAAGUUUUAAGUAUUAGAAGCGGAAUAGAGUAUAUGUAUUUUACUAUUUGAAGUGCAAACUAGUCGUACAAUGAUGGGAAUACUCGGCGGAUAUACCGUGUGUUAUUCAUAACCACUUUUUCCGACAAAACAAUACAACGAACUUAGUGACAAUAUGUAUCCAGUCAAACAUGCGUGUCGAGCCAGAGCGAAUCGAGUUUAUGAUCUAUGAGGUUCCUUCAUUGCCCUUGAAGCCGAGCUGACGAGCGGAAUAGACUCGAUUCGCUUUGGUUUUGCGUGUUCGCGCACCUGUAGGUUCCCUAUCGAAUGGUUGGACUACAUGCUCACCUUGUCGAUCGCCCGCUUGCUCACUCUCGUAAUUAGCUAUCGCCGAGGCCGCCGACGUAGAAAUCGUGUAGAUGAAAUGCAAAGGGAAUUCUAAGACAAAGCCCGCGGGAUGUUGCCAGAUAAACAGUUCUCUAGUAGCAUGAAUAUUGUGUACAUAGGCAGAAAUCGAAGAGACACAGACAGAAAUAGAGAUACAAACCGGGAUAACUCGAUCAGCAAAGGAACUUUGGUAUUCCUAAUAUUAUAAAAUCUCGGGGACCCGAGAGGGGGCCUUCAAGGUUCGAAAGAUCCGGAGGGUUUUCCCGCAGAACGGCAACAAAUAAAGGGUUGGGAGGAAGGAAGGAAGGGAGGGAGGGGAACAAUAACGCGGCGUCUCGUAAUAAUAAGUUAGGCCAAUUUAAGAUUAUCAAAACUAUUAUCACAAACACACAUACACACGUACACACUACGGCUCAUAUUGAGCUCGCAACUAUCGCGACGCUGACGUGGUAUUAUUUCACUCGUACGCUCGCGUUGACCCUUUAAACGGUAUUUGACCAAUACCUCGGUAUCGACGAGAAUGAAGUAUUUCGCGACUAUCUGAAGAAUCAUGGCGUCAUCGAUGAGAAACAACAGAAAAAAAGAAGUUCGAGAUAACGGAGAGAAAGAGAGAGAAAGAAAGUAUCUGGAAAGUUGAACUGAACGAUUGUUUAUGUGUUCUGCUCGUCGUACACGUUUAAUUACUGUGAUAAUAUUUAAUUCAGUAAUUAAAUAAUUAUUGACGAUAUACGAGUUGUUUCGAUAGGUCUUUUUUGUUUUUUUUUUUUUAUUCGCCCCGAUCGUUCUUCUUUUUAGAAUUGAACUGAGCGUACGAUCGGAGAGUUAGUUAUCGAUUGAAGGGUUGAGCGGCGUCGCGACGCCAUGAAAGGAGCUUCUCGCGCCAGCGAUUAAUUAAUUUAUGAAGAUCGGCGGAGGUGACGUUUAAUUGUGCGAAGGGUCCUGCGGCUUUCAGCGAGGUGAUCGCAUUAGAGCAAAGGAAUACAUAGAAACGAAACGUACUUUACGUCCAAAGGUAGAACAAAAUUUUGUAGUCGGGGAAUUGCUGAGAACUUUACUCAUAGUAAUAGUUAACUAUUUGUGAAACUGUGCAAUUUUUUAUGGCAAUCGUUUUUUACAUGCAAUCAUUCUCUAUCUUGAUAGGCCAGUAUUUCUAGUAUUUUAGCUCUUGCAUCUUGGAAGUUCUUUCUUUUUCUGCCGAUGUAAAAGCGCGUUUCGAUGAGAUGUGUAUAUUUCUUGCGGAAAUUCGCAGGGCUUUCGCGAACAAAUCGAAAGUCCGAAGGAGGACCACGAUCCUCGCUAUAGUAUUGUAAAGUAUUGUAAAUAGAAUAACGAAGACCCGUCGAUUUUUAGAGUUACUUUUAAGGGCGAAACCGACGAGAUUUCUCGCGACGGCGAUUUAAACGACAUGCUUAACGGACGCGACUUACUUCAAACGUUGGAAAAUCAUUUGACAAAAUUGAAGAAGAAAAAAGAAAGUAGCAUAUGUCCAAUUGACAUCAUACAUUACAUUGCUAUACACUUGUAAGUAAUCUUAUGACAAUCAGAGGACCAACUUGUAUUUAAAACUUGACUUGUGCGAAGUCAAUAGAUGAUCAGUCACUCGGAAAUACGUUUCAAUUAGAAGAGAAAAUUCGAAGUAGAACACAAGAUCAAACUAUAAUUGAAAGAAUUAAUUUGAGUAAAAUUUUUACACAGAAGAGAUUAUGUGAAAAUUAAUGCAGAACGCAUUACUUUUAAUAUCUGUAUGUAUAGUAUAAAUUCAUUUUCUUCGUUAAUCCAAGAGUUUUACAAUUUCAAGAUGUUGAAGAAGAUAAAAUUCGUUUUAUUAAUUUAUUGAUAAAAUUAAGAGACAAAAUUCGUAAAAAUUGAAUCAUUAUCGAUGUAUUGAAUUGUAAUUGUAUUCGGUAAUGUUCUACUUCACGAAAUUCGACUUAACGUCGUGCCCGCAAACAGUGAAGAUUGUUAUAGCAAACUAUUUCUCGUUUCUUCUCUCUUUUUUUUGUAAAUAAUAGCAAAUAUAUAUCAGGACGGGGCUAACGCUCCCCGUCGCCUAGUCACUCACUUGGUUAAUAUUUCAGUGAAAUAUUUUAACUGUAGCUAUAACAACCAGACGAGAAACAACCGGCGCAGCUUUCUCUUUCCUGUCCGAAUACAAAUAAUGAUGUCAAAUAAAAUAGUAAGAAGCUGUUACAAAUAAAAAGAUCUUUUGAUUCCUAAUUUA